CACAUGACCGGCAGAGUCUCCUGGUUAAAUAAGUGUCGUUCAGACAACAGGAGGACAAAACAUGACUACAUAACAUCUUCAGUAUUUCUACAUGUGAAUAAACCCUGAAGAGACACGGCCUCCUCCUCAUCAUCAGGCCAUCAUGCAGAGCGACAUGAAGACCCCCCUUUUGUCCAGCACCCCCUCUGAUCCCUCAGACUCUUCGGCCCCGCCCCUCUCCCUGAGCGGCCCUGUGGUCGGGAUCAUCGGCUCUGGAGACUUCUCCCGCUCCCUCUCCAUCCGACUGCUGUCUUGUGGGUUCAGGGUGGUCGUGGGCAGCAGGGACCCAGCUGGUGUUGGCAGGGGUCUGUUUCCUGAGGGGGUGGAGCUUCGCUCCCAGAGGGAAGCGGUGGAGGCAGCAGAGAGGCUGGUGUUCGCCGCAAUCUACCCCGAGCAUUACCACACCCUGCUGGGUCUGAGGGACGGGCUGGCGGGGAAGGUGCUGGUGGAUGUGAGCAACGCAGAGAGUCUGAGAGGUGGAGGGCGGCAGUCCAACGCUGAGAGGCUGGCUGAGUUGUUCCCGAUGAGCAGCGUGGUGAAGGGCUUCAACACGGUGUCUGCGUGGGCGCUGCAGGUUGGAGCUCACGAUGGGAGCAGGCAGGUGUUGAUCUGCAGUGACUGCUCCGCCUCGAAAGCCUCGGUCCUCCAGCUGUCUCGUCAUCUAGGGUUCAGCCCCGUGGAUUUGGGGGGUCUGUGUGCAUCCAGAGACAUCGAGGAAGCCCCCCUCCUCCUCUUCCCCUCGUGGGGGGGCCCCAUGCUCACCACCUUCCUCCUCUUCCUCUUCUUCUAUGCAUACAACUUCAUGAGACACGUCCUGCUGCCUUACCUGGAUAAAGGAGAGAAUAACUUCUACCAGCUCCCCCUGGUGACAGUGAACGAGACGCUGCCGUCUGUCGCCUUGGUAACACUCGCUCUCGUCUACCUGCCAGGUGUGUUUGCGGCCGUCCUCCAGCUCGUCAGAGGGACUAAAUAUCGGAGGUUUCCGCUCUGGAUGGACCGCUGGCUGUGCAGCAGGAAACAGCUGGGCCUGCUGAGCUUCCUGUGUGCUGUGCUGCACGCCGUGUACAGCAUGUGUCUGACCCUGAGGCGGGCUGCAGGGUACACACUGCUGAACGCAGCCUACAGACAGAUGAAAGCUGGUGUUGAGAACUCCUUGGUGGAGAAGCAGGUGUGGAGGUCUGACCUGUACCUGUCCAGUGGCAUUCUGGGAUUUGGAGUCCUCGCUCUGCUGGCCAUCACCUCACUGCCCUCUGUUGGAAACGCCCUCACCUGGAGGGAGUUCACCUUUGUUCAGUCAGGUCUUGGUUACGUUGCUUUAACUCUCUCCGUCACACACACUCUGUUCUUCGGCUGGGACUUCGCCUUCUACCCCUCGUCUUACCCGUACUUCCUCCCCCCGGUGUUUCUGCUGUCACUCAUCCUGCCCUGUGUGGUCCUGGUGGGACGGAUCCUUUUAGCUCUGCCGUGUCUGACGUUCAGACUGACAAAGAUCCGCCGGGGUUGGGAGAGCCGGCGACACAGACCCACACAUAACCCAGAGCCAGCAGUUGAGGUGGAUCCUCCCCAAAACGUUGGUGACGUCUAAAGAUGAAGAGAAAAAGUAGAUCUGGAAAAUCCAGAAGUUUCUUUUCUCUCUGUGAGAGUCUAAACUGUGCUGCUCUUGCUCUUGAGUGGAGACAGACGGGCUGUCUUUUAUCAGUGCCACUUUUAUGUUCUUACAGACAGUAAGAGAUCGAACAUGAUCCAAUGUGGCCUUAACGCCUUUUAAUAGCUUUUUAUAAUUAUAUUUUUAAAGAAUCAAUUUGCAGCAGUAGGUCAGAGAUAUAGACGGUUCCUGCAAGAGCAUCACAGUCAGGACACCCGAACAAAUCGUCCAAACGAAGGGAAUUUGCAACAUUUGUUCUCCCAGGGAGCAACAUCAGAAGAUUCAUGUCACUAAAAAAUGAAAAGGGGAGAGUGGAUGUGUGGUGUUUCUAAACAAUGCAAUCUCUGUUAGUGAUCAAUAGCAUCAAAAAGUACCAAAGCUUUAAGAGAACAACUUUUAUUUCAUAUGACAGGUGUGUAGGAGAGAAACGAGUCCAUCAAAAAUUGCAGCCAAACUCCUGUUUUUGGAAAACGUUGCCAACGUUUCUGUACAAUUUAGAGAGUCUGCAGGCAUCAGAGAAAACAUGAAAUUACCGAAUAUUGGGAGAUAGUGUUUGUAUUGUUGUUGCUGUGGUAUUGAAACAGAUAUCGAUUAUGUUUGAUUUGAACUACAAUAAAAUUUUGGCAUUAUGACGACCCUAA